CUCCCCUUUUCUUCUUUUUCCAGAAUAAAACACGUCCGUCUCGUCUUGUUUCUUACAGGAUAUUCGUCGCCUGUUUCUGCUGUACUUCUCUUACAAAACGCCUCGACUCCUGCAUUUCUACUCGGCAUUUCGCGGGACCCCUGCCUAGCUUUUUCAGCGCCCGUUCACUGUCCACUACCACAACACCUCGCUACGUAAGGUACGUUUGAAAAGCAGUGUCUUUUUCGAGGAAAUCGCUGUUUAUUACUAUUUUCGACUACAUCUCUACGAGAUGGCUUUUCAAUUUACAAAAUUUUACAAAAUCUACUGCAUGCACACAUUCACAUUCACACUCACUGAACUCUUUUUCUCACUUACCUCCUGCAAACACCCGCUUUGUUGGGACCACAGGGCCCAUCUCCAGCGGACACACCCCCCCACCAAAAAAAAGAGACCAGCAGCGUAGCGCUGCCCUCCGGUUUACCACCGAUGAGUGAGAGAAGUCCUCCUCCACGGGCACAAACCUGGCUACCGCUCUGCUUCUCUUUUUUUUCUGCCUCAUUUUCCUUUCCCCAGGCCUCGUCCAUCAUCAAAAAGGCAACUCAUUUGCCUAUUGCCCCUUUAUUCAUCACAUUCCCUGCCCUCCAUUUCUGCCCAAUCCCCCUUCUCCAUCCGGCGCUCCCGUUUCGAAAACUGCCCGCGCAUUGCCCACGUUUCGCCUCGGCGGCCCGCUGCAUUGCCGUCCCUGUAUCGGAUUUUGCUGCGCUAGAACAUCGACGCCCCUACCUCAUUCACGCGAAACAUAUACAGCGCUGCGCUCUGCUAUAUCUCCAAGCAUAGUUGCUCGCAAUGUAUAAAGCGUCUCUGUCCCCCGCACCCCGGAUCAUGGCCUUUGCUGCCAGACCGUCAAGACUCCCUACUUCCGUCGUCUCUCCUGCGCUGGCGCAUCACCUCUCAUCCACCUGCUGCUGCUCGUCAACACCACGUCACCUCACCACAACCGCCGUCGCUUCUGCUGCUGCACAAGCAACAACAACCAUGUCGGCUCAUUACCCCAUCGACUCGUCGGCCUCCGACGCCUCCACCCAACGCUCCAUGUCACCUUCUCCUGUCCCCUCCACCCACACAUCUCGCACAUCCCUUUCCCUCUCCUCAUCCAGACGCUCUCGUUCUCCUACCCACAGGUUUACUAACCGUAAUCCCAUGGCUGCAGUCAACGUAGCUGCCAUUCAAGAAGCAAUGAAGAUGGCCGCUCUCGAUCAACAUAGGGGCUAUGCCCAAGACCACUACGGUGAGGUCAAGCAGGACCAGGCCACCGAGUACGUCGACCAAGGCCACGCCGCUGGCUACCAGGUCCUCCGUGAGCCUCUCUGGAACAAGGGUCUGUCCUUUACGCCCGAGGAGCGCAUCGCCAAGAACCUCACUGGCCUCAUCCCCCACGCCAUGGAGUCUCUCCAGACACAGUCUCUCCGCGCCAUGAAGAUGAUUGAGUCUCGUCAAACAAAUAUCGACAAGUACCUCUACCUCUCUGGCGUCAAGAGCCAAAAUGUCGAUCUCUUCUACCGCCUCCUCAUGGACAACAUCCGCGACCUCAUGCCUCUUGUAUACACCCCCACCAUUGGUGAUGUCUGCCUCCAAUACUCCACCCUCUACACUCGCCCCGAGGCUCUCUACAUCUCCAUCAAGCAGCGCCGCUCUAUUCGCACCAUGCUCCGUAACUGGCCCUGCAACAACCCGGAGAUUUGCGUCGUCACUGAUGGAUCUCGUAUUCUCGGUCUCGGCGAUCUCGGUGUAAAUGGUGUUGGUAUUUCUAUUGGCAAGCUGUCUCUGUACACUGCUGCCGCUGGUAUCCACCCAGACAAGACCCUUCCUAUUGUCCUUGACUGCGGUACUGACAACGAGACCAACCUCAAGGAUCCCCUGUACCUCGGUCUCCGUCAGAAGCGUGUCCCCGUAAGCGUCCAGCAAGAGUUCAUGGAUGAGUUCAUGGAAGCCGUCAAGGAGGUCUAUCCCAACAUGGUUGUCCAAUUUGAGGACUUUGAGAGUGAAAAGGCGUUCCGCUACCUUGACCGUUACCGCAACACACACCGUUGCUUCAACGAUGACAUCCAGGGAACUGGUGCUGUCGUCCUUGGUGGCUACAUUGGCGCCGUCAACCUGUCCGGUGUCCCUCUUGACGAGCAGCGUCUCGUCUUCAUGGGUGCUGGCUCUGCUGGUGUCGGUGUCGCCAAGCAGCUCGUAGAGUACUAUACCAAGCGUGGACUUAGCGAGGCUGAGGCCCGCGACAAGUUCUGGCUCGUUGAUACCAAGGGUCUUGUCACUGCUGACCGUGGUGACAACCUGGCUGACCACAAGAAGUACUUUGCUCGUACCGACAACGACGGCAAGCAGUACAAGUCUCUUGAGGAGGUCAUUGCCUACGUCAAGCCCAGUGCUCUCGUUGGCUUGACCGCCACUUUUGGUGUCUUCACUGAGCCCGUCAUCCGCGCUCUCAAGUACUCCGUUGAUGCUGGCGGUCCUAACCGUCGCCCCAUCCUCUUCCCCCUCAGCAACCCUCUAACCAAGGCCGAAUGCACAUUUGAGCAGGCUGUCAAGUGGACUGAGGGUACCGUCAUCUUUGCUUCUGGUUCUCCCUUCAGCCAGCUCACCAUUGACGACGUCACCUACUUCCCCAACCAGGGUAACAACGUGUACGUUUUCCCUGGUCUGGGUCUCGGUGCCAUCUUGGCCAAGGCUACUCGCGUCACCGACGAGAUGGUCUACACCUCUGCCUCUGCCCUUGCCGGCUCUCUCAACGCUGAUGAGAUUGCUAAGGGCCUCAUCUACCCCCGCAUUGAGCGUGUUCGCGAGGCCAGCAUCAUUGUUGCUCGCGAAGUCAUGAAGACAGCUCGUCGUGAAGGUGUCUCAACCCUGCCCGAGUCCCUGUGGAACGAGUGGGAGGAGUGGGGUGACGUUGCCCUGACCUCAUAUAUCAACAAGCAGAUCUAUGAUCCCAAGAGCUUCAGUGAUAUCGUUGCCAGCCAUCUGUAAUUGCAUACCCUGUUUGGGUUGCACCCAUGCCUCAUAAGGCAUCUGGGAUCAUAAAAAAAACCAUCAAUCCUGAUGCGGCGUUGGAAUUUUGCGUUGUCUGCAUAUUUAGCCUUUUGUUGGAAGCAUUCAUCUGGUUGAUGCCAGCCAGAGAGAUGGAGCUUGACAUUCUUUUCUCUUCUUUGUCGUCAUGUCGUUGUGCCGUUUCUGAAUGGCGUAUAGUUGUUUUCCAGAGUAGAUCUCAAAGCAUGAGCCCUGAGUGGCCUUAAUAUUUUCAAGCUGCCUCUUUUCAUGAAAGCGUGACUUUGUUUCAUCUUGAUGCUCUAAAGGCCAUUGCUGAACAUAAUGAGUCUGGUGUGAUUUCAAUGAGAGAACUCAUUCAGUAGCCAGCCAUUGUGGUGACGAGCAAGCGUGUCGCUCCCGUGACAAGGUGGAUAUGUCGUCUCUCAAGCAGUCCGUAGGUAGGCAGGGUGUUGGGAAAAUAAGUCCCAAGCGAAUAUCAACACGCUUUUAUAACUGAAAUUGGCGCAGAGGAACAAAAGAACUGCUGGAAAUGGUGAAGAUGAGAGAAAUGAAGGGGUUGC